AUGAAGGCAGCCACGAUCUUGGUCCUGGCGGCUGCGCUUGUGGCCCCGCUUGCGGCCGCUGAGGAUGUGAGCCCGGUCGGGAAGGUGCUGCAGCUCCUCUCCGAUCUGCAGGCGAAGAUUGUGGGCGAGGGGGAGAAGUCGCAGAAGGUCUUCGAGGAAUUCUCCGAGUGGUGCGAGGAGCGCAGCAAGCAUCUUUCCUUCGACAUCAAGACAGGCGAGAUGGAGUCCACGCAGCUGAAGGCCACCAUCUCGGAGGAGGUCGCUCUGACGGCGUCGCUGACCACGAAGGCCGAGAAGCUUGCGGCCGACGUCGCCACGGACGAGGCGGACUUGAAGGCGAGCACCUUCAUCCGCGAGAAAGAGGCCGCAGAGUUCUUGUCAGAGAAAACGGAGCUGACCGAGAUCAUCGACACGCUGGAGAGGGCCAUCGGCCUCCUGGAGAAGCACGCCGCGUCGAUGCUGCAGCUCAAGUCGGCCAGCACCGUGGCCGACGCCCUUGCCGUGAUGGUGAAGGCCGCCAUGUUCAGCUCCGCCGACGCUGAGAGGCUGAACUCCUUCGUGCAGCAGGGCUCCGAGGACGGCGGCGACAACAUGGGCGCACCCUCGGCCUCCGUGUACGAGGGACACUCUUCCGGCAUCGUCGCGACCCUGACGGACCUCCUCGAGAAGGCCCAGGCGCAACUCCAGCAGGCCAUGAGCACCGAGACGGGAAAUCUGCACGCGUUCCAGCAGCUCAAGCAGUCGAUCGAGGACGAGAUCGCGUAUGGCGAGAAGGAGCUGGCGGAGGCCAAAGCCGGAAUUGCGGCGAGCGGCGAGAAGAAGGCCAAGGCGGACGGAGACCUCUCGAGCACAUCCGCGGAUCUGAGCGUGGACGUGAAGACCAAAGCCGACCUGCACCAGCAGUGCAUGACCAAGGCUCAGGAGUUCGAGUCGGAGGUGAAGUCCCGCAGCGAGGAAUUGAAGGCACUGGCCGAGGCAAAGAAGGCCAUGGUCGACAACACUGGAGCUGCUGACUCUCUCUCCUACGGCCUCAACCAAGUCUCCCUGUUCCAGAAGCUCAGCUCUAGCACCGACCUGGCCCACUUCGAGGCCGUGCGCUUCAUCAGGGACCUGGCGCGCAAGCAGAAUUCGAAGUCUCUGGCGCAGCUCGCCUCUAGGAUGGCGACGGCGAUGCGGAUGAGCUCUGGCGGGGCCGACCCCUUCUCGAAAGUGAAGGGUCUUAUCCAAGACAUGAUCGAGAGCCUCGAGAAGGAGGCGGGAGCCGACGCCAAGCACAAGGCCUACUGCGACAAAGAGAUCGCAUACGCUGACGAGAAGAAGGCCAACCGCAUCUCCGAGAUCGAGAAGCUCACAACCUCGAUCGACCAGAUGUCCGCGAGGUCCGCGCAGCUGAAGGAGGAGGUCGCCGCGCUGGAGAAGUCCCUGGGGGACCUGGCCGCCUCCCAGGCGGCCAUGGACAAGCUGAGAGCCCAGGAGCACGAGGACUUCCUGAGCAACAAGGCGGACAUGGAGCAGGGCAUCAAGGGCGUGAAGAUGGCGCUGAGCGUCCUCACGGCGUACUAUGCGAAGGACGACAAGGCGCACGACGCCGCCCUGGGCAGCGGAUCCGGUAUCAUCGGGCUCCUGGAGGUAGUCGAGAGCGACUUCACCAAAGGUCUCGCGGAGUACGAGGGCGCGGAGGACAGCGCCAAGGCCGAGUACGAUCGAACGACGAAGGACAUCGAGAUCGAAACGACCACCAAGAACCAGGAUGUCAAAUACAAAGUGAAGGAGUCCAAGGACCUCGACAAGGCGACGGCGGCGGCCACGUCGGACCGCUCAGGCGUCCAGACGGAGCUCGCCGCCGUCAACAAGUACCUGGAGUCGCUCCACGCCGAGUGCGACGAGACCGCGGACACGUACAAGGAGCAGGUCAGCCGCCGCACCGCCGAGCUGGCCGGCCUCAGGCAGGCGCUCACCAUCCUGGAGGGCGAGGCCGCGCUGCUGCAGCGCGCGUCGCGCCGCCAGGCGCGCCGCGCGGGCCGGCAGCUGCGCGCCUGA